UGCAUUAGAAGGGUUUCCAUCGAUGAAAUACAUGCACCAGCCAGGGAAGGAGUAAGUCAGGAGCCGCGAAAUUUACUAAACUGGACUCUUUUUUGGGGGAAAAACCGAAGAAAUUGAUAGAAAGGGGACAAAAGUGUAAAAAGUUGAGCAGGUAAGCUGGAAAUGACUUCACAUAGCUUACAACAGUCAUAUCCAAGGGAUACAUUGCCAGCAUUCACUCCACCUUUUGGGGUUGAAAGAAAGAGUCCAUGUCCUCAAUGCUGUCAAAGUCGGGAAAAUAGAGGACAUCCACAACAAGCUGCCCACCCUAACUGCAACCUUUCUCAGCAUUCAGGGUUUGAUUGUAGCUACAAUUCCUGUCCAAGACAACAAGCUUGCUGUCCCGCACUUAGUGAAAUUUCAGCCCCAAUUCUUCAACCAUGUAGCUGCCAAGCUCCUCUUGAUGGGUGCAGAAAUGCAAACUGUUCCUGUCAUCAACAGCAUCAGCCCCAACAAAAUGUGUUCACACCUACACCUGCUUACCCACAAAGUCCUUACCCUUUGCUACCAGUUCAUCACAUCCCAUCUGGUGCUGUUUCCUUUAGUCCUAUACCAGUUGCAGGCUCACUUGCCAUUCCACCAUUGAUCCCAACCCUUCAUGGCCAGCCAGAUAUGAUACCUAACAGAUUGGAAGAAACUUAUUUCCAAAGGCAUCCGAUGAAUGCAGCUACAACAGCCGAGGAUUCCUCACAUUACCAUACGCAUAUUCACCAUCACAUCCAUAGAUAUCAGCACUACCCGUUUUCGUGUGUGUCCAUUGGUCAUCAUCAUAUGCCUGCAAUGACAGUGCCAUCCCAUACUAGUCAGUCAAGGCAUCAUUGGCGACACAUUUCAUCACGCGCAACUAGUGCGCCCUAUCCGUACCUGCACGUUCCAUUCCACUAUCAUCCGUAUCGUGUCUUACCUACGUCUUCGAUCCAGAGAACUGCAGCUGGCUCUGUGUUUUAUACAGGCAAUAUCGAAAUCGAUCAUGACGAAACGAAUUAUGAAUGGAACAAUGUAGACAAUUCGAAUUCAGAACCACGAGGCCUAAGCAAGUUGGAUAUUGAACAGCUUCCAUCUUAUAUUUAUGAAGACGAUUCAAAAUUUUCUUCUGAGCAUAUGAGAUGUGUCGUUUGUCUUUGUGAUUUUGAAAAAAGUGAAAAUUUAAGGAUACUUCCAUGCGCCCAUGAGUUUCAUAGCAAAUGUGUUGACAAAUGGCUUAAGUCGAAUCCAACUUGUCCCAUUUGCCGUGCAGUUGUUCAUGUUCCAUCAUAAUAUCAACAAACCUGUUGCCGUUGGCACGUUAGCUCAUUGUUUUUUACGGUAAAGACUUUGUUUACUAACUUGACAUUGUUUUUCUGAUCUUGUAAUACUGUGUAUAUUCCAUACUCAAUGCAUCCAUUUUGACACUAACAAACCAUUGUGAAUGAGGGGUUGUAUUAUAAGACGUCAAGUUUGACAGGAGCAUUUAAUCACUACAUUGAUAAAUCGUCAUCGACGGCGCUCUAUGUUUACAGCAAUCGUCAAAAGAUAGCUUGUUGCGAAGUAACAGCUGUAGUUGCAAAAAGAUAGUGAAUUCGUAAAAUAUUAAAUAGCUUCGUGGCAUCUUGGUAAUUUUCGUAGGGUGAAAAGUAUAAUGUGGUGAUGUAAUUAUAGUGGUUCAAGUUUAAUUUAUUAGAAAUGGAUUUUCCUUAACGCAACUCAUUUUACUCAUACAAAUGUAACAGAAUUUAGAUUCUUCACGACUUUUGUGGAGAUUUCACAUACUCCUUUUAUAGGCUACCUAUGUACAGUCGAAAUCUGGUGGCUUUCAUUUCUAGUUUAGCUUUUGUUCCCUUUAGCACAACAUCAUCUUUAAGGCAACAGCCUUCACUUUUUAAACUUUGCAGCAUGUCGCAUUGAAUCAAGUACAUCGUAAUUUAGUAUAAUCGAACCAAACCAAAAUUUCUUUGUUAAUGGAGUUACCUUAGCCUAAAUCAUUGCAGUUGAACAUUGAAAGCAAAAAAAUAAAAUGGCAGACACUUUAAAGGCGCGGGAAGCAGUUCCUCUUAUUAAAAACCAUCUACGCCUUUGUUGAAGAAAUAUAAAAAUGCGAUCGUUCGAGAAGCUUUGCUAUAUCUCCCCUUUUGUAACUUUCCUAGAGUUACCUAAUGUCGUUGUGAGUUAUUGGCAAAAAUGAAUGUUUUAUUACUCUUUUUCGCAGAUAAAAUACCAUUAACAGAACCUUAAAUUUAUCUUUCUAAAAACAAGUGAAAUGUUUGCUAUACCCUUCUACAUGAUAGCUUAGACCCCCUCCCCCCUUUAUAAGUUCAUCCGCCUGUUAGGGUUGUUUUAACUAAAAGGCGGGCAAGGCGCUGUUGGAACAUUCCCAUUCCCUAGCAAAAAAAUAGAAUUACUGUUUUUUGGUAAAUUAAAUUAUGACAUGCGUUCUCGAUAGACAUUCCCAGGCUCUAGAAAUCCCCAAAAGCAAUAACAACCCAUUGAUAUUAAUGCCAUUUAUAUAGGAACAAAUUGUUUCAAUGUUACACUUUUUGUACAUUAUUCCACAUUAAGCGAAAUUUUAGCUAGUCUUGUAAUCAUCAGUUCUUUGAUAGUAAACAGGCAUUAUUAUUUGUAGAUAUAAAAUGAUAAAAGAUUUUCCAAAGGUCUUUACAUCGUAGAACAGAUUAAGGUGUCGUCGUCAAAUUAAGGUGUCAAAUUAAAUUUGGUGUCAGAUAUAGUGAAAAUUUGUUAUUGUAAUCCCACCUUCGGUUCUAGUUUACAAUUAUUUCCGGUAUUAAGAAAAAGGAGUGACCACCCCUUUAGUACAAAAUUACUCUAAACAUUUUUACAACCAGGCAGAACGUGAUGUUUCUUCCAAUUCAUUGACAUGAUUGUUUAACUAGUCUUUUCAUGGUAAUAUAGUCACGUAAAGACCGUUUGGUUAAAUCUGGCAUAAUUAUAAAAAAAUUGUUUAAUUUCAGUUUAAUUCAAAAGUACUGAUACGCAUUAUGUAUACCUCAAAGUUAUGUAUAUUGUUGCAUCCAGUCUCAUUUAAUAAUCAAAGCGA